ACGGGGGACUGGGGAUGAAGACGGGAUGGGGCGGACGGGACGGCGGCUGCCAACGCGCUCCGGGAGCCGCUUACGGAUGCGGCGGGACAAGCCCCGGUGGGGGCAGCCCCCGGGCCCCCGCCCCGGGAGGGCAGGACCGGCCGGGAGCUCGGGGUAUGGAGGAACAGCAGCAACAGAGGAGGAGGAGGGUGGAGGGGAACAGCAACCGGCGGCGGCCCCCCCGGGGCUGAGCCAUGAGAGUUCACCGAGACCUCGGCUGGUUGGCGGAGGCCACCGGGCGCCCAGGGCGGCGGGCGAGGAGCGGGAUGCUGGACGCCAUGGAGGUGCCGAGCCACUCGCGGCAGCUGCUGCUGCAGCUGAACACGCAGCGCACCAAGGGCUUCCUGUGCGACGUGAUCAUCGUGGUGCAGAACGCGCUCUUCCGCGCACACAAGAACAUCCUGGCGGCCAGCAGCGCCUACCUCAAGUCGCUGGUGGUGCACGACAACCUGCUCAACCUGGACCACGAGAUGGUCAGCCCCGGCAUCUUCCGCCUCAUCCUCGACUUCAUCUACACCGGCCGCCUGGGCGAGUGCGAGCCGGGCGGGGAGCAGAGCCUGGGCGCCGUGCUGGCCGCCGCCAGCUACCUCCAGAUCCCCGGCUUGGUGGCCCUCUGCAAGAAGAAGCUGAAACGCAGUGGCAAGUACUGCCACCUGCGUGGGGGCUACGCAUCCUACAAGCUGGGCCGGGGGCUGCGUGCUGCCACGCCGGUCAUCCAGGCCUGCUACUCGGGGACGCCGCGGCCUGUGGACCUGCCGCCCGUGGAGCCGGCGGCACCACUGAACACGCAGUGCGGGGAGCUGUACGCUUCAGCCACCCAGGGCACCCCGCUGCACCCCCAUGGACUGUGCCCGCCUGAGCGCCACUGCUCACCGCCUUGUGGCCUUGACCUCUCUAAGAAGAGCCCCACUGGCCCCUCCACCCAGCUCCUACCCACUGACCGCCUCUUGCCCGGGGAGCCCCGUGAGCCCUCUCUGCCCCCACGGCAUGACAGCCCCCCAGUCAGUGCCGGACUCUUGGCCAGCCACGCUGCUGCCUACAAGGACUCCCCACCGGGUGGCGAGCCAGGGGGGCACCCCCAUGUCCCUGACCCCUUCCGCAGCACUCCGCCUUGCACUGAGCCCCCGCUGCCCCGUGCUGAUGGGCGUGAGCUGAUGUACCGCUGGAUGAAGCAUGAGCCUCUGGGCCCCUACCUGGAUGAGGGAGAUCCGGAGAAGGAGCUGGAGCGGGAAGAAAAGGCCGAGUCACCGCCUGCAGCACCACAGCCCCGCUACCCCAGCGUGGAGAGCAAUGACCUGGAGCCUGAUAACAGCACGAGUGAGGAAACAGGCAGCAGCGAGGGUCCCUCACCUGGUGACGCGCUGGACCGCUACUGCAACCACCUGGGCUAUGAGCCGGAGAGCCUAGGCGACAACCUGUAUGUCUGCAUUCCUUGUGGCAAGGGCUUCCCCAGCUCCGAGCAGCUCAAUGCCCAUGUGGAGGCCCACAACGAAGAGGAGCUCUAUCACAAGGCAGCGGCCGAGCAGGCCGUGCCCUUCCUGGACAAGGGUGGCCCUGGGCUGGGUGACAUCCUGCGGCCCUACCGCUGCUCAUCUUGCGAUAAGUCCUACAAGGACCCGGCCACACUCCGGCAGCAUGAGAAGACGCACUGGCUGACGCGCCCCUACCCCUGCACCAUCUGCGGCAAGAAGUUCACGCAGCGCGGCACCAUGACCCGCCACAUGCGCAGCCACCUCGGCCUCAAGCCCUUCGCCUGCGACGCCUGCGGGAUGCGCUUCACCCGCCAGUACCGCCUGACUGAGCACAUGCGCAUCCACUCGGGCGAGAAGCCCUAUGAGUGCCAGGUGUGUGGUGGGAAGUUCGCCCAGCAGCGCAACCUCAUCAGCCACAUGAAGAUGCACGCGGCCGGCCCCGACGGCAAAGCCAAGCUGGACUUCCCUGACAGCGUCUACGCCAUGGCCCGGCUCACCGCCGACCAGCUGGGGCUCAAGCAGGAGAAGGCGGCCGAGCUGCUCUCCCACACCUCACACUUCCUCAGCGACCCCAAGGCCAUGGAGAGCCUCUACCCGCUGGCCAAGUUCACGGCUGAGCACCUGGGGCUGAGCCAGGACAAAGCGGCCGAGGUGCUGGCGCAGGCUCCACACCUUCAUGCUGAGGCUGCCCGGACCAUAGAGCGAUACUCGCCCCCCUAGCGCCGGCCUGGCCGGGGGGUGAGGAGGGCCACCGGGCUCCCCUCGCUGCCCCGCGUAGAGCUGGGGGUGGCGAGAGACGGUGGGUGCUCAUCCCCCGGCGCUGCCGAUGGCUCUGGAGAACUCACUCGUAGCAGAAGGUCCCAUGAGAGCUGCCCCGGGACGGCUCGACGGCACGUCCUGGGACGAGCACCCCAGCCUGCCUGGGAGAAGCCUCUGAUUCAGGGACUGACCUUGUAGCGUGGCCCCGCCUUGCCGUGGGGGGCUGCUGGGCCCCCGGCACCGGGGCGGGAGCGAAACACAGGCUGGGAGGCCGGGCUGUGCCCCGGGGCUUUGGAGGACGUGAGCCUGCUCCUUACCUCAGGGCCAGCCCAGCACUGGCCCCUGGACGAGGGGACGCCCUUGGCAGCUGCUCGUGUUGCCCCGGCCCCACGGUGAGCUCUGCCGCGAUGGGACCUGGACUGUGCCACCUUGACUGCCGCAGGGCCGUGAGUAGUUUGUCCCUCGCGGCCGGAGCAGCUGUCCUGGCCGGGAGCAGCGAGCGUGGCCAUGCUGGAGCUGGGGGGGUUUGUGCUGACCAAACCCUCCCAGGGCCACACUGGGAGCUCGGGGACAGACUGACGGAGGGGGUC